CGUCACGCCGCGUACGCGGUCUCGCUUCGAGAAACCAGACACACGUGUCUUAAAUCUUUGUGUUAAAAAUACGAUGCAUACAAAAACAUAUCCCGUGUUAAAUGUGUACGCGCACUGAAUUUUUGAACUUUAAAUCGUUCGGUUAUAAUUAAGGUGGAGGGGGAGUAAGCGCGGGGCGCGCGGCGCGGGGUGAUGCCGGUGCGCAAGGGGCUGCUCGCGCCCCAGAACACCUUCCUCGAUACUAUCGCCACACGCUUCGAUGGAACACAUAGUAACUUCGUGUUGGGGAAUGCCCAAGUACCGUCGUACCCCAUCGUUUACUGCUCGGACGGGUUCUGCGAGCUGACGGGGUGGGCGCGCGCGCACAUCAUGCAGAAGGGGUGCGCCUGCAAGUUCCUCCAUGGCCCCGACACGCAUGAAGACCACCGCCGCGAGAUCGACGCAGCCCUUGACUCUAAACAUGAACUCAAGCUGGAACUCAUCUUCUAUAAGAAAAUUGGAACACCUUUCUGGUGCCUGCUCGAUAUCGUUCCAAUUAAAAAUGAAAAACGGGAGGUCGUGUUGUUUCUCGCCUCAUUCAAGGAUAUCACAAAUACAAAGAUGGCCGCCAUGAAUACUAAUGAGGACUUCGAUAGCGGAGCCGCGGUGCGGCCUUCGGCUGGCGUGGUAACUCUAGCGUUGUCCCCAUUUGUACCCGCAGCGGCACUCUUGGGCGCCCGGUUCCGAGCUGAAUCUAGUUGCCUCCUUCCAGACCCGAAUGGCAAUCUUGACCCCGAAGCGCCUUCACCUGCUAACAUGGGCAGGCGGCGCUCCAGGGCCGUUCUUUACCAGCUUUCAGGACACUACAAACCGGAUAAAAUGAAGUCUAAACUAAAACUCAACAAUGUCAGUAAGAACCUGCUACAUUCAUCCGAUCCUCCGCUUCCCGAGUACAAAACGUCAGCGAUAAAAAAGUCCAAAUUUAUUAUCUCGCAUUAUGGCGUUUUUAAAACCUUCUGGGAUUGGUUAAUCCUAAUAGCGACAUUUUAUGUAGCGGUUGUUGUGCCGUAUAAUGCCAGCUUCGUUGACGAAGGCCACCCAAGGAUAAGUGUAACGAGCGAUGUCAUAGUGGAAGCACUUUUUAUAAUAGAUAUUGUCCUCAACUUCCGAACGACGUUUGUAAGCAAGAAAGGGGAAGUGGUAUCGGACUCCAAAGCGAUAGCUCUUAAUUAUAUUCGUUCAUGGUUCGUGGUGGAUCUCCUGGCCGCGCUCCCUUUUGACCUACUUUACGCUUCAGACGUAUACAGCGGGACGGAGUCUACGCACGGUAAUGUUCACUUAGUCAAGCUCACCCGUUUGCUACGUCUCGCUAGACUACUGCAGAAGAUGGACCGUUACUCCCAAUACUCAGCCCUCAUCCUCACGCUACUUAUGUUGUCGUUCACUUUAGUCGCUCACUGGCUCGCCUGCAUUUGGUUUAUCAUUGCUGAAAAAGAGAUUGAACAUCACAAAAAUGAAAGUUGGGAUUUAGGUUGGAUCAAUAACUUGGCGGAAAGAUUGAAAAUACCAAUAGGGAACAUAUCACACAGCGAAAGCUAUGUCACGGCGCUGUACUUCACCUGUUCGUCGUUAACGAGCGUCGGCUUUGGAAAUGUGUCAGCGAACACUUUGCCAGAGAAAAUUUUCAGCAUACUAGUUAUGUUGGUGGGAGCUCUAAUGCACGCUGUGGUUUUCGGUAACGUAACCGCAAUCAUACAAAGGAUGUACUCGCGCCGAUCGAUGUAUCAAAGUAAAUGGAGAGAUUUGAAGGACUUCCUGACUAUCAACCAAGUCCCUAAGGAGCUGAAACAACGAAUGCAAGAUUAUUUCCAGACGAUGUGGUCUCUCAACCAUGGUAUUGAUAUCCACGAGACACUAAAAGAAUUCCCAGAAGAGUUGAGAGGCGACGUUUCGCUACAUUUACAUAGGGAAAUCCUGUCGCUCCCAAUAUUCGAGUCCGCCUCUCAGGGCUGCCUCAAGCUUCUAUCUCUGCAUAUUCGAAACAACUUCUGUGCUCCCGGCGAAUAUCUCGUGCACAAAGGCGAUGCAUUGACAUACAUUUACUACAUUUGUAACGGCUCAAUGGAAGUGAUGCAAAAUGAUAUGGUUGUUGCUAUAUUGGGAAAGGGAGAUUUAGUGGGUUGUGAUAUGAACACCCACUUACAAGCUUACAACGGUACGGGUACAUCGCAAUCUAAUAACCCCGACGUCGUCGUCAAAUCUAGUAGCGACGUGAAGGCGCUCACUUACUGCGAUCUCAAGUGCAUUAACAUGAUUGGUCUAGCCGAGGUACUGCGCUUAUAUCCAGAGUAUCAGCAGGAAUUUAUACACGAUAUACAACAUGACCUCACGUAUAAUUUGAGAGAGGGAUACGAGGCAGAGCAGGAAUCUGAUGGAAACGGACACCCUUCGUUGACGCUUCCCUCAAUAUCGGAAGAUGAUGAAAACGCAGCAGAAGAUCAGGCUCUAUCACCGAAAAAACCACUGGUUCCGAGUACCAGUAGUCCCCGUCAUGCAAGAUUUAGAUCGGACGGGCAAGCCCGAUUAACUCAUAGAGAAUUACGAGAGAGAAUUGAAAGACAACGUUCGGUAGCAACGCCCAAAAUUACGAGAGCCGACUCUUUAGAAGGUUUAAAUUUAGAAAUACGUUCGUCUGUUGAGAGACUCGACACACAGGUAUCCAGUUUACAUCAUGACGUCGCCGCGCUCAGCAUGGAGGUACGGAAUGCAAUCCAAGCUCUACAGGAGAUGACGGGUCCCGUAUGGCAUGCCGCACAUUCUAACCCUAACUUGCAGUGGAAUGCUCCACCUAAUCAACUAGCUCGCAGCUGCAGUCAUCCGCCUGAUGUGUUUUGUUGGGAUCAGCAGGAAAGGCCAAUAACUCCAGAGCGACCAAAAAUAAAUCGAUGUACGCAAACGGACCCUUUUUUGAACUGCGUCACACAAUACAUAAUGGAACAUCCAGCCACCGUGAUGCUUUUACUCGGCUUAGACCCCAUGGCAAACUUAACACCGGUUAUGGCUCCAGCUGUAGAGUAUUACGACACACGAAGUCGACGACCCAGUGGCUUAGAGCAGAUUAUGGAAUCUGAAAACGGAAGUCAAUCUCCGUCCAGUACAACCAGUGAAAAAGCCGAACCGAAUAUUAGUCCCACUGGCAGCGCCAAGUGUAUUAACACACAGCCAGAGGUAAAAAGACUAUUUGACAAAGACUGUAAAGGUGCCAAUAUGAAAAGAAAUAGGUAUUCUGCUAGUGAUAUAAGUGAAGUGUCCGAACGAUUGUUACCGACGAGAGCCUCCAAUCAAAGCACUUACAGUCUCAAAAAUAAUUUUAACAGUUAAGAUUAUUUAUUCCAAUAUGCUCAUUAGUAGAUAAUUUCAAGUUAACUCUCAAUGUUAGUUCAACAAAUUUAAUUGAAAGCUUCUAUUUUUAUAAUAUAGUGAAAUAUUCCUUUCAGUGAAAUAAAAUUUCAUUUAAUUCGUUUCAAUAAUUGUACAUAUCAGAAAUCAUAUAAAUAAUUUCAUUAUUAGGUUAAAGUUGUUUAUUUAUCUAGUCACUGUUUAGAUUAUAGUCAUUUAAAUGUGUGAUACGUAGCAGAUGUUCUCCGCAGUGUGUUUUUCUUAAAAUAUUGCCAUUAAAUCUCUUUGUUCUUUUUUUAGUCGUGUUUUUCUCAACAAAGUAUGUAAUUAGAUAUUGAUAUAAGGUAAACAAUGUUAUUAGAGAGUAAAGUAUUCCAACAGUCCUAAAUUCAAUUAAAUUUUCUAUUCUAAAUACUAACGUGUCACGUUUCACCACAAUGGGACCUUUAAUACUUUCACAAAAUCUAUUUAAAUUUCGAAAUUUAUAUUUUCUUUGAAAAUGAUUAUAACUCAUCUGACAAUACUUACCUAUAACGUAUAUACGAAUAAAAACGUGCCAAAAACUGUAGUAAAAAAUAUAGUCUUCCUUGAGCUCAAUUCCAUGAAUAUUAUGAACAUAUAUUGAAAAAAAAAGUUUUUUAAAGAGGUUUAGAAUAUAGAGUAAUCAAAAAAAGCAAGUCAACGUAAAUUCGUUUAAUGUCUUCUUCCUGUUAUAAUGUGUAAAAAUUACAUUUGACAAGUAGUAGUGAUUAAAAUUAAUCAAAUAUAUCAAAUAUUACUCUAAAAAUGAUUAAGGAUACCUACACAUUUCUGACUUAUCUCUUACAGUAAAACAAAAGGUUUCAAAGAUUUAAUGUAUUUUAACUUAUUAUAUAAGAUUACAUGCAAUAAUACUUAUUUAGACAAAUCGGCAAAUAGGAAUAUGACAAUGAAAAACAAUAUUUAUGUCAAUAAUUUUAUAUCGAGGCAUUGGUUGUGAUAUCUUUCAUUUAUGUAUCUAACUACCACAGUAAAUGAAAUUAAACGUAAAUUAAUUUCGUACGAAAUUGAAAGAACUCGAUUUAUAAUUCUGUAGAGAGUAGUAAUUACUCUGUGGCCAUUGUGUUUAAGGAACCUUGGGUCAAAGUUUUAAUUUUCCACUCUACAGUGGUCCGUGACAUUUAAAAACCGAUACUUAUAGGCACAGGUACAAUAGAUACCUAAAGCAAAAUCCCUACCUAAAAAUGUGUUAAUAAUAAAUCUUUGAUAAUAAUUCUUUAAGAAUGAAACGCUUACUAGUGUAAAAUAUGAAUUAUAUGAUAAUGUGUAUGAUAUACUCUGUAUAGAGCCAAUGAAUGUGAUAUGUUGAGAAAAUAUUUAAGAUACAGUGCCUAAAUUUUUAUUUAUUUACUCGGUUUAUUGUUCUUGAGAUUUU